GGCGGAAGUGCGUCAGUUGUUAUCCGCUCGGGCCCGCUGCUGUCCCGCCGCCUCACGAGCGCAGCGCCCCGAGCCCGGCGCCUCAAAGCUGGCCGCCCGGUGCGGAGAACGCAGGCUUGCGCGGAGCGCCCCCCCCGCGCCCCCCGCGCCGCCGCCGCCGCGAGUCCAGCUCGCAGGAGGAGGAGGUCAUCGACGGCUUCGCCAUCGCCAGCUUCAGCACGCUGGAGGCGCUGGAGAAGGACAUGGCCCUGAAGCCUCAUGAGCGAAAGGAGAAAUGGGAGCGUCGCCUCAUCAAGAAGCCCCGGGAGACAGAAAACUGCCCGUCUGCAGAGCCCAGUGUGAGCAGGCAGCCACUAGAAGCCAGCAGCCCUGGGCAGGACUUGGAGCCCGCCUGUGAUGGAGGGACCAGGAAGGUCCCGCUACAGCCCUCCAAGCAGGUGAAGGUCACCAUAUCCAGAGGCGGUGACCAGAACAGUGGUGACGACAGUGUCCUUGAAGCCACCAGCUCCCACAGGAGCCACUCCCAGGACCAGCUCAGCGAUAGCUCGGCGCAAGCAGUGUCCGGGAAAGGCUACUCUUGUGACAGCGAGAGUGGCAUGGAUGACAAGGUGUCGGUGGGCUCAGAGCAGCUCUUUGCCCCAGCGACUGACACAGGCGCAGCGCCGGAGGAAAGAUCGGAGGCCAGGGUCGGGGCUGCGCCCAAGGUGUCCGGCCUGGAACGCAGCCGCGAGCUCAGCACUGAGCCCUUCCUGCCUGCGGCCACCCUGCCCGCCGCGCCGCCCGGGGCCCGCGCCACCCCGCUGCUGAGGACCGAGGCGUUGCUCCGCCACGCCCCUCCGCCCACGGCUCCGCAGCCCCUUGGCUCGCUGCCCACACAGACCACGCAGACGCGAGAGCCUGCACCCCUGGGCGUGUUCGCAGGCCCCGGCCAGGCGGCACCCUCGGGCCUGCACCUUACUGGCCUCAGCAGGAGCAGCAGCGCAAACAGCGGCACCCCGCUGGGCCUGGGGAAGCACGGGUCGCUGUCACCGCCAGGGCCGGGCCCCCACCUCUCUACCUCACACCUGGCGCUCCGGGCCCAGGUGCACCAGCACCCUGCGGCCAUGUGCGCCGCGCCCACACUGCCCCCGGCGCUGCCCAGCAGCCUGGUGGUCCCCGGACACCCCGCAGAUGCCAGCCUGUUGCUCUCCCUCAGCCAGCCAAUCAUGUAUUGCCAGCCUCAUGCGGGGAUUCUGAUUGGUACUUGGUCACAGGCUCCUCUCUUCCCUCCACCCCCCGGCCCGCACCUGGCAAGCGGCCCCCGAGGCCUGGCCUGCCGAAGCCGCAAGUGCCAGGUGACUAUCCGCCUCGCCCCGCGGGAGCCCGUGGCCGACGUGCCUCUCUGUCUCUCUCUCUUUUCUCUUGUAGAUCAGGAGCUGCUCAGGCAAGAGCUGAACACGCGGUUUCUGGUGCAGAGCACAGAGCGGCCGGCCCCCCUGGGCUCGGGGGCCCUUCUGCGGGCCGAGUUCCACCAGCACACUCACCAGCACACUCACCAGCACACACACCAGCACCAACACACAUUCGGCCCCUUCCCAGGGCUGCCCCCGGCGCCACUCAUGCCACCUGCCGCACCCCCUCCGUUUGACAAGUUCUCACCCAAGCUGGACAGCCCCUACUUCCGACAUUCCACCCUCUUCCCGACCUUCUCCUCUGCUGUCCCGGGGCUGCCUGCCCUGCUUGCACAUGCCAGCCCCUUUGGGUCCCUGCAGGGCGCUUUCCAGCCCAAGGUGACUGACCCAUACCGGACGGCCAGGGUGAGUGUGGGCACGGACAGAUGCCCCUGGUGGCCCGGGUACCUGCGACGGGGCCCUCAAGCUCUGCUUGUCCCACCGCAGAAGCCAGGGAAGUGGUGUGCAGUGCACGUGCAGAUCGCCUGGCAGAUCCUCCACCACCAGCAGAGGGUGAAGCUGCAACUGGACCCCCACACGCUGGAAGUGGGCGUGAAGCUGGACCUGUCCAGCAGGCCCCCUGCCCCCGGCAUGUUCUCUGGGCCCCACUACCCACAGGACCUGGCCCGGCCUCUCCUCUCCAGCACAGGUGCCACCCACCCUGCCGCGCACCCACUGGCACCCUCUGUCCAUCAUACCAGCUUCCUGCCUGCCACCCACCUGACAGACCCCUUCAGCAGAUCGGGCACCUUUGGGGGCCUGGGGAGCCUGGGCAGCCAUGCCUUUGGAGGGCUGGGCAGCCACGCACUGGCUCCGGGGUGCAGCAUCUUUACCCCCAAGGAGGGCUCCCCAUUGCACGGCCUCCCCAGCCCACACGAGGCAUGGAGCCGGCUGCACCGGGCGCCACCCCCGUGGCCUAAGCCCACUGACACGCUGAGCAGCCAUGCUCAGGAGCCUCAGGAACUGGAGCCCGCUUGCGAGGAGGGAGCGCGGGACCUUCUGGAGAAGACGCGCCUGCCUCGGCCCCCGCUGCCGCACGCCCUGCUUCUGCGCGCGCCCGAGCCCCGCGUCAAGGACCCCCGCUCGCCAGGGCAGGCGCAGGAGGAC